AUGAUCGUGGCGGGCUUUGACACCACUUCUAUUACCUUUACAUGGCUCCUGUCCGCAUUGUUGAACAAUAAACAUGUUAUGAAGCAUGCUCAGGAAGAGCUAGACUUAAAAGUUGGUAGAGACAGAUGGGUGGAACAAUCAGAUAUCCAGAACCUAGUUUACAUUAAGGCUAUUGUUAAGGAAACCCUCAGGCUAAACACAACAUUUCCCCUAUUAGUACCACACGAGGCAAUGAAAGACUAUCAUGUUGGUGGGUAUCACAUUUCCAAAGGCACUCGCUUGCUAAUCAAUGCAUGGAAGUUGCACCGAGAUCCUGCUAUUUGGUCUAACCCUGAAGCUGGAGAGGUUUUUGACAAGCCAUGCAAAUAUUUUGGAUAUUCCAACACUGGUAGAAGAUCUUGCCCAGGACUCAAUAUGGGCUUACAAAUGUUACACUUGACAAUUGCUCGGUUGCUUCAAGGAUUUGACAUGGCUACACCAUCAAAUUCUCCCGUGGACAUGACAGAAGGGAUAAGUGUUGCCAUUGCCAUUCUCACCUUCCUCUUCUAG